ACAGAUGUUACGUUGGCUGACUUCCCAAUCAGCUGGGACAUCCCUGGUCAGCUAGAACUGCGAAUAAAUGAUGGACAGUGGCCUGAUAAUACAGCCAGUAUCCUCACAAGACGGAGGAAAUACAGCCGAACGACUCAAGAUACCUAUUACCUCCCAGUUUUGAUUUCUGAUGGUGGAGUGCCCCCUCUCAGCAGCAGCAGUACGCUCACAAUUAGGGUGUGUGCUUGUGAGAGAGAUGGACGAGUGAGAACUUGCCACGCUGAAGCGUUCCUCUCCUCCGCUGGCUUGAGCACAGGGGCGUUAAUCGCAAUCCUGCUCUGUGUUGUCAUUCUUCUUGCAAUUGUGGUCCUUUUCAUCACCUUAAGACGCAGCAAGAAGGAGCCCUUGAUCAUUUCAGAAGAAGACGUCCGGGAAAACGUUGUGACAUAUGACGAUGAGGGUGGUGGAGAAGAAGACACGGAAGCAUUUGACAUCACAGCACUGCGGAAUCCGUCAGCUGCCGAGGAGCUAAAAUACCGGAGGGAUGUUCGACCUGAAGUGAAGCCUCUGCCCAGGCAUCAUCACUCCUCCAGCCUUGACAGUAUAGACGUUCAGGAGUUCAUUAAACAAAGACUGGCAGAGGCUGAUCUGGACCCCAGCGUGCCCCCGUAUGACUCCCUACAGACAUAUGCCUAUGAGGGUCAUAGAUCAGAAGCGGGAUCUAUCAGCUCUCUGGAUUCAGCCACAACACACUCUGACCAGGAUUAUAAUUACCUUGGAGACUGGGGACCUGAGUUCAAGAAGCUAGCUGAACUCUACGGGGAAAUAGAAUCAGAAAGAACAACUUAG